AUGCCGAAAGUGAUCGUGCAAAUCCCCUACCUCACCAUGACUGGGGAUCCCUACUUUGGUCUCUACUUCUGCAGUAUGGAGAACCUCUCCCUCGGCGACCUCACCCUCGACCUGAGCGGCGGUCUCGGCAUCCGCUUCGAUCGCAAUGGGGCCUUCAACUACAACAUUAGCAUAGGCACCAUCACCAUUACUAGCGCUAGUAGCCAAGCCAUAGAGACCUGGAACAUCGACGGCUUGACAAUCGGUACCGUUAUUGCCAAAGACGUCAGCGAGUGCGGUCUUCUCCUCCAGAAGGUUACCAACGCUCGAAUUGGUCUCGUGAAUGGCGAUAACGUCGCUUCGGGCAGUGGAUACACCGCCCUGCGCUUCGCCAAUACUAAGAAUAACUCCAUUCUAUCGAGAAUCGCUGUAACGUGGCCAUCUUGUGCGGCGUCGUCAGGACGAUGGCGGGAGCGUGCGAAUCGCGGCUCGCGACGAGUUUGA